CUGCGCUUCUGCUCGAUCGGGUUGAGGAUCUCACUCUCUCUACGAUCUCCGUCACACUGUUACAGAUACUCACCUUCGCAAUGCCAAGUCGACUCGUUCUUCUUCUUUCACUCGCCACUCUCCUCCUCUUCUCCUCCCUCUCCCCGACCAUCUCCAAAGACCUCCAAGAAGACGACGAAGACGAAGACCUCAGCUUCCUCGAAGAGCCCGACGACCGUUCCAACCUCUCGUAUCCGGAGCAUUCUGACGAGGAACUCCUCGAAGAUGACGAUCUUGAUAACUUUAAUGAUCUCGACGAUCCGGUCGAUCAGGAUGGGUUUAAGGAGCCGGAAGUGAACGACCCAGAUGUCGUCGUUCUGAAGGAGGGUAAUUUCAGCGAGUUCGUGGAAGAUAACCGGUUUGUGAUGGUGGAGUUCUAUGCACCGUGGUGCGGCCACUGCCAGGCCCUGGCGCCGGAGUACGCGGCGGCAGCUACUGAGCUCAAGGGUGAGGACGUGGCCUUGGCGAAAGUGGACGCGACGGAGGAGAGCGAUUUGGCUCAGGAGUACGAUGUUCAAGGGUUCCCGACUGUGUAUUUCUUCGUAGAUGGGGUUCACAAACCGUAUACUGGCCAGAGGACCAAAGAAGCUAUAGUGACCUGGAUUAAGAAGAAGAUAGGACCUGGUGUCUACAACUUAACCACCUUGGAUGAUGCUGAACGCAUAUUGACUUCCGAAAGUAAAGUUGUUUUGGGCUACCUCAACUCUUUAGUGGGCCAUGAGAGUGAGGAGCUCGCAGCUGCUUCAAAGAAUGAAGAUGAUGUCAACUUUUACCAGACUGUGAAUCCUGAUGUGGCAAAGUUUUUCCAUGUUGACCCUAAGGUUAAACGCCCUGCUUUGGUCCUUCUAAAGAAGGAAGCAGAGAAAUUGAGUUACUUUGAUGGCCAAUUUGUUAAAUCUACUAUUUCUGAGUUUGUAUCUGCCAACAAGCUUCCUCUAGUUACCACUUUUACUAGGGAAAGUGCCCCUUUAAUAUUUGAAAGUUCCAUUAAGAAACAGCUGUUGCUAUUUGCCACUUCAAAUGACACAGAGAAGGUUGUCCCAAUAUUUCAGGAGGCAGCAAAGUUUUUCAAAGGGAAGCUUAUCUUUGUGCACGUGGAAAUGGACAAUGAAGAUGUUGGGAGACCUGUUUCAGAUUAUUUCGGUGUCACUGGCAAUGCUUCCAAAGUUCUUGCAUACACAGGAAAUGAUGAUGCCAAGAAAUAUGUACUAGAUCAGGAAGUGACCUUGGAUAGCGUCAAAGGCUUUUGGGAGGACUUCCUAGAAGACAAAUUAAAACCUGUCUUCAAGUCAGAACCAAUUCCUGAGAGUAAUGAUGGGGAUGUGAAGAUAGUGGUUGGGAAUAAUUUUGAUGAAAUUGUUCUGGAUGAGUCAAAGGACGUUCUCCUUGAGAUUUAUGCUCCUUGGUGCGGGCAUUGCCAAGCACUGGAGCCCACAUACAACAAGCUUGCCAAUCAUCUACGUGGCAUUGAGUCUCUUGUUAUAGCCAAGAUGGAUGGAACAACAAAUGAGCAUCCCAGGGCAAAGUCUGAUGGCUUCCCCACACUUCUCUUCUUCCCGGCAGGAAACAAGAGCAUUGAUCCGAUUACUGUAGAUGCUGACCGUACAGUGGUUGCAUUUUAUAAAUUCCUCAAGAAGCACGCAUCAAUCCCUUUCAAGCUCCAGAAACCAACUUCAACACCAAAUUCGAAAAGUUCUGAGGCCAAGGAGAGCCUUGAGAGCAGCACUAACGAGUUGAAGGACGAAUUAUGAGGAUUUUAAUGGCAUGUUACUGAAGUAGUGCUUAUCAUUUAUAUGCCAUCAGCAAGAUUGAAAAGUUAUAGUUGUCAUAUAGAUUAAGUUAGAAAGAAAAUAUCAGAAUUUAAUCCCCUUCUGAGA